AAAGAUGUCGUUGAGGUUUUAUUCUUUCCAUUUAUGCGCGAUCCUUGUCAAUCGAUCAUUCUAUGGAAGAUUUCACGAUCGUUAUACUCGCUUCUAUCCCGCUUAAAAAUGUAACGGAUAAAAAUCGAUCGAAUGCGCAUAAAAAUCUACCGGUAUUAAUAGAAACAGGAAAAGGAACGUUUGCAGUAGCUUGUGUCGUUUUGAACAUAAUCGAGCUAAAGGUGCACGUGACGUUCAUGGUCAAGGCUGAGAGAGGCCGAAUUUCUCUUUCGGGUAAAUCCAUUGUCAGUGACCGUUACCAAACCAAACAAAAGGAGAUGUUAACUGCGUUUUUGAAACAUCUGCUCAUCCAUAGCUUUGAAAAAGAAAUUCCCUAUUUCUUUUCGAAGAAGAAGGAAGAAAAUACUUGCGACACUCGUGAUCUAUGUGCGAACGAGGCCAGUUGAGGUUGAAGCACGCGCGCGCACGGCCCGAGUACGUCAUACUGUGUUCUAAACGCGUCGGUGAAAUCUAUUCUCACGCGCGUACCAACGACUCCCGGAUAGAUGAGAAAAGGAACUCAGCGACAUUGAAGCCGCGAGUUAAUCCAACUGUGUUGUACCGUUACGCCUGUGUCGA